GUCUUGUUUCCGCCAGUCUGGUCUCCAGGCCGCAGAUAUUUUCUGGCUUGCCGGCUUGCGGCAUACUUCGCGGCCCGUCUAAUUAAAUCCCGGAUAGAUGUCACUGAUCUGACUUACGUUGUGGGCCAAGCCCGAUGAAGUGCAUUGUGCGAACCAAUUAUCACAGCUCUGAAGCAAUAUGCUGUCAUCGCGAUAUGAUUCUGGAGAAGAAGUAAUUUGCCACAAAGUGAGGCGUUUACCUAGCAUGUGAUAAGAGGAUGGAGGAGAGGAGAGGGGGCGAUUCCGUAUGCGUUGAAUUAUAUAAGGGACAAAUGUGCUCUCGUAACGAACUGUUUCUCUUAGAUGACUUAGUUAUACAGAUUGGAACAGACAACGAAUCACAAUGGAGAUCAAGACUGCCCACUCUAUACUAAAUACACUUGCUUCGCUGCCCUUGCCUUUGGCGAUUUCUUCGCUGCUUGUCAUCGGUAUUGUAUCCCGCCUUCUAUACAAUAGAUUUAGGAAAGACUUGCGCGACAUCCCAGGACCGACGGCCGCCGCGUAUACAGGCUUGUGGCGAUUGCUUGAUGUGCGGGGAGGCCAAGCUCACAAGACUCAUAUUAAGCUACAUCGAAAGUACGGCUCGCUAGUUCGUAUUGGUCCAAACCAUGUGUCUGUCUCCGACCCGCGUGAGAUUAACCAUAUCUAUGGGCCGAAGUCUCAGUAUACUAAGACUGGCUUUUACCACCCAAUUCAAUCCGUCACAUGGGAAGGUGAAGUUGUACCACACUUGUUUACGACGGUCGACUCAACCUUCCACCGAGAGUCGAAGAAGCUUCUCACCAACGCUUUCAGUCCGACAUCACUUCUUGCAUAUGAACCUGCUAUAGACGAAUGUGUAAACCUAUUGUUAUAUAAGCUCGAAGGACUCGCAAGCGAGGGAAAGCCAGUAGAUAUUGGCUCAUGGAUGUCCUAUUACACGUUUGAUGUCAUGGGACAGCUGUCGUUCUCGAAGAUGUUUGGCUUCCUCGAGAAGGGCUGCGACGUGGACGGAAUCUUAGAAACUAUUGAAGCCAUCUUGGCAUAUAUCAGCCAGUGUGGGCAAAUUCCCGAAAUGCAUAAAUUUCUACUGGGAAAUCCAUUGCUCUCCGGAGGAUCCAUGAACCAGGUUGUCGAUUUUGCUUUGAAAGCUGUUAAUGAGGUAGCUGGACGAGACAUAGCAUUAAGGAAGGGCGGAAAAAUCGGUGCUUCGGAUAUCGAGAGUAAAGGCGACAUGUUGACCAAAUGGUAUGCUAUAAAUCAGAGCGGCUCCAAGUGGAUGGCUACCAAGAAUCUUGUGACACAUCUGGCCGCGAAUGUGUAUGGGGGCUCCGACACCACGUCUAUCGCACUGCGGUCUCUAUUCUAUUAUUUGGGCAAGAAUAUGGACAAGAUGCAGAAACUGGUGAAAGAGAUCGACGACGCGGCAGCUGCUGGGAAGCUCAGCCAACCAGUCACGUUCAAAGAGGCCAAUACACAUCUCCCAUAUCUAAAUGCGGUGAUCAAAGAGGCCAUGCGAGUCCACCCGUCUGCCGGUCUCAUAUACGAGCGAUUCGUUCCGGCUGGCGGCGAUACCAUUUGCGGAAGACACAUCGCUGGGGGAACUAUCGUCGGAAUCAACCCUUGGGUCACACAUUACGAUCCCGAGGUAUUCCACGACCCGGAAAGGUUUCUCCCAGAGCGGUGGCUCGACUCUACCGAAGAAGAGCUGAAGCGGAUGGAGCAGUCGUUCUUCAACUUCAGUGCGGGCUCUCGUACCUGCAUCGGGAGGCAUAUCGCGAUGAUAGAGAUGUCGAAGAUGGUGCCGGAGUUGUUACGGAGGUUCGACAUGGCUCUGACGUAUCCUGACCGCGAGUGGGAGACUAAGAAUAUAUGGCUUGUGAAGCAAACGGGGGUGAUUUGCAAUAUAACGAAGAGAUCGUGAGACAGGUAAGUAUAAUAAUUGUCGGAUCUUGUUAAGACAUUAUCUACCUACCUAAAGUUGCGUACUUUGUACGAAAAGAAAUGUAAUUCUCGAGGCCACCUUAUUUUACCCCCUAUCUGGAUGGACUGGCUCUCUAUUCGGUUACAAGCGGGAGCAGAUGUUUCCGACAGACUCCCUGUUUCAGCCAUGAGAGAAAUUCGACUUCGAACACGAGGAUAUAAGACAUUUAUACACUGUCGCGAAUAUAUUGCAUCUGCACGUGGAUAUAUGGCGUUGGGGAAAGAUCGACAGGAAAUAUACUGCCGAGGUGCCGGUUAAGACACGGCGUACGGUAUGUCUCAACUUAUCGUGUCUGAACGCGACGCACAAAUACAGAUAUCAUUACGGAAGCUUCUGCAGCAACUAAAACCAAUAACUGGGACAUUUUACCUCACGGCAUUUCGCUAGCUCUGGCAUAUUGAGGUGUAUGAUAAGACGGACUCUGUCGCCGGCCGUGGGUAUAGAAUGGGGGGUGGUAGUUUUGGUUCUAUAGUGUUAGCCUUCGUCAACUGACCAUUACGACCGAACAGCAAUAGGUAAUAGAAAGAAACAAGUACAAUGCAUAGGCACCUAGGUCUUGUUCAAUGAAGC